GUGUGUGUGUGUGUGUCUGUGUGUGUGCGUGUGUGUCCGCGCGCGCUUCCGUCGUGCCACCCGUCGUGUUCUCGGGCGAGCACCUGUGGCCGGCUUUGCUCUCGUGUCGGGCCUUUCUGCUCCUGCUCCCGAGCGGACGCCGCGCAACCCAGGGCUGCCAGAGCCCGCCAUCUAAUGAUAAUUACGUUUUUUCUGGGCUCAAGAUUUGCGAUUCGCCCGCCCACCCUGGCCUGGAGGCCUCUUGCGGCCAUCCUGGCGCGCCAGAUGGCGGGAAAGGAGGGGCUGGUGGACCAGGUCAAGGGCCUCCAGAGGUCCGACCCGGCCGCAAAGGAGGCCUGGUGGACCUACUGCGACGAGUACCUCGGAGGCGUCAAGGAUCCGAACAGGCACGACGCCAGGACGCUCAGCGAGUUCCUAAGCUUCUACAGCGGCGGCGGCUCCAAGGGCGCAGCGCCCAGCAAGGGCAGCACGGCCAAGGGCAAGGGCGCCGUGGCCGCAAGCGGCUGGGGCGGCGGCAAGGUCGGCGGGGCCGCCGCCGGCUG